AGAUUAAAUGGGCCGGAAAAAGAAGAAACAAACUAAACCGUGGUGUUGGUACUGUGACAGGGAAUUCGACGAUGAAAAGAUUCUGCUGCAGCACCAAAGGGCCAAGCAUUUCAAGUGUCAUAUAUGUCAUAAGAAGCUGUACACGGGCCCGGGACUGCAGAUACAUUGCAUGCAGGUGCACAAAGAAAAUAUAGAUGCGGUACCCAAUGCAAAUCCUGGUCGAGACAACAUUGAAAUCGAAAUCUAUGGAAUGGAGGGCAUUCCCCAGAAAGACGCCGACGCCAGGAAACAGUCACAAGAAGCAGCAGAAGCCAACGGGGAUGUCGGCACUGGGGCUAGUGAUUGCUCCCCCCAUGGCAUGGCCAUGAUGGCCCCUACUCCUCACCAACCUACCCACCAUCCCCACCCUGCUGUCUCCAUGGGGGGACUUCAACACCACCCUGCAGCAGCCAUAGCCGUGGGGGGACACGCGAUGGCCCUGCCUCCAGGCAUGCAUCCAGGUGCCGGCAUGAUGCACGGGCUACGCAUGCCUAUGCACGGAGUUGUGCCUAUGAUGAUGCAGCCUCAAAUGACCAGCAGAGCUGCUCUAAUUGGAGUGGGAGGCGGAGGACAAUUGGUAGCCAGCAGACAAGCCCCACCACAACCACCACCAGCAGGCAUUCUUCCUGCUCCACCAAACUCGGCAAGGCCACUCUUUCCAGCCACUGCAAUCAACGUAGCUUCAAUUCACUCUCAAAGUCAGCCGCCUCAAGUAGUCUACGAGUCUUCUCUGCACCCCGAGCAGAGUCAUUCUUCGACAACAGCAGCAGUGUCUCCCUCCCCCAACGGCAGGCGAGUACAUCAGCCGGAGACAGCAGCGGACUCCUCAGCCACCAAUGCCAAUAACAGAGGCGGCGGCAGCAACACGAACACCUCUUUACAAUCCACACCAUCAUCAUUAUCUCACCCACCUGCUGCAGCUGCAGGCAAAGUGCCCCCACCCGCCCCUAACAGCAGAAUUGUUCACCCUGAAGAUAAUUACUCACUUGAGGAGCUACUCCUGGAGUUGCCCAAGUACAAAGCCAAGUGUGGUAUAGCUAGCGGACCAAGUGGGGGCAGUACAAAUGCCAUGGCGGCAGCAGGAGGAGAAAUGUUACUACAGUUGGCGAAUAUGAGAUCAGGUGACCCGUCUAGAAAUAAUUUGGGGGGACCCUCAAGCUUUCUGAUUCCGCCUAGGAACCCAAUGGCAAUUUUGAAGCAGCCUCUCGCUUUUGAACAGGGCCCUGUGAGGUACUAAGUGCUGCAGAGGGAUUGGGAGACACUGAAGCUGCUUUUCCUAUUCUCUGCUGUGUAAGUUGAAGAUGAGAAGAUGAAUACUGGCUAAUAAACUGUAGUGUAUUCCGAGUGGUCUGCUCUCUAUUCGCCUGUCGACUUGUCUGGUGUCCAUUUUGCUCCUGAGUUGCUGAAUUUAUGUCGUCUAUAACUGA